GAGCAGGUUGUGGAGAAGACAUGACGGGACAGGGACAGCUCCACCCCUUUCCACUCCCAUCCUGUUGGUGGAACGUACUGAAAUCUUCAUAGCUGUUUAUCCAAGAACUUCUCCGCUCUGCACUUGAACCACAUUUACUGCGUCUGAACUAUACCUGGAGUCUGCCUGUGCCACUUCAGCCGAAUAGUCUCCUCUGUCUUCUGUCAGCAGGAAGAGGAGACAGAUUGUGAACAAACCUCACCAUGAACUGGGCAUUCCUCCAGGGCCUCCUCAGUGGAGUGAACAAGUACUCUACAGCUUUUGGUAGAGUGUGGCUCUCCAUUGUUUUCCUCUUCAGAGUCAUGGUGUUUGUUGUGGCAGCGGAGAAGGUGUGGGGAGAUGAACAGAAAGACUUUAAAUGCAACACAGCCCAACCUGGUUGCCACAACGUCUGCUAUGACUACUUCUUCCCAGUGUCCCAUGUUCGGCUGUGGGCCCUGCAGCUCAUCUUCGUCACCUGCCCCUCACUCCUAGUGGUGAUGCAUGUGGCCUACAGGGAGGACCGGGAAAGAAAGCACCAACUCAAGUUUGGCGAGAACUGUGCCCGUCUCUAUCAAAACACAGGCAAAAAGCGUGGAGGUCUUUGGUGGACCUACAUUCUCACACUGGUCUUCAAAAUAGGUGUGGAUGCCGCCUUUGUCUACCUGCUUUACCACAUCUAUGAGGGUUACGAUUUCCCCUCGCUCAUCAAGUGUGAACAGAAGCCCUGUCCCAACAAGGUGGACUGCUUCAUUGCUCGGCCUACUGAGAAAAGGAUCUUCACCAUCUUUAUGGUGGUCACCAGCUUGGUCUGCAUCCUCCUCUCCAUCUUUGAAAUCCUCUACCUGGUUUGCAAACGCUGCCACGAGUUUGCCUCAAUCCCUCACACUCCCAAAAUCACAACUACUCCACUAUCCAGUGGAAGCUACCUGAUAGAAUCAAACACUGUAAAGCUGGCAGGCAAAAACACCUCUGAAAUGAAACAGCUGUCGACAGCUUACUCAAAAGAGCUGAACAAAACUUUUUUCUUAGCAGCUGAACUACAGUCAAGUUAGGUCCUUAAUGCCAGAGAAUUUAAAGUCCUGAUUAAUUAAUUUUAUAUCAUAAAUGUGGAAUGUGCUCUCUGUUGUUGGUAUUGAAUACGACUCUUCUCAGCUGAAGUUUUACAGUCCUUGCAAAAAAAGAAUAAAAAGCUAAUUUAUGUGUUGCAGUUUCUGAAUUGGCCUUGGCAUCAAUAACAUGAGUCAUUCUGUGGUUUGGGGAGUUUUACAAACACAUGUGGUUCUCUGUGUAAGAUUUUCCCUGUGCUCAAGCCCAACCUCAGAGUGGUUAGUUCAGGCUACACUGAGUCUUAUCCCCUUCUCUCUGAUCUUCAGAUUGAACUCUUUGUGAAUUUAUCAAAAUAGUUUGGUUGCUUUCUGGAUGUGUGUAUUAAGAGUGCAAAGAAGUAGAAAGUCACGUUUGUAAAGAAACCAGAUGUGCAUAUUUUACAGUGUUGUGGUGCUGCAUAUUUGUUCAUAUUUUUUUUUUAAUAAAUACUAUUUUUAUCUUUUGAAAA